CUUCUGCCUCCAGAACUAACACCUUAGAAAAUCCUGCGGCAAGAAGUCUUGUCGCGCAGGCGAUCCCUGCCGCUCCAGCACCGACGAUGACCACUUUUGCAUUCGACAUUUAGGCUCGCUUGGCAACACAAAUAAUGGGUUAAACAUUUAAUGACAACACAAUUCCUGCUAGGCCUGCGGAAGUUUUAAUUAUUAAUUAAAAGUGUUUGAUUGCAUCGUGUACAAACUAAAAUUAAGUGAAGAUGACUGAAAUCACAUUCAGCUGUUUAGCGUACAGCAAACUCAUGUUGCAUGCAGCUAAGUAUCCUCACUGUUCAGUGAAUGGACUGCUCUUAUCAAAAGCAAGUGCUGGUAAAGGGAAAGACAUUGAAUUUGUGGAUGCAGUGCCUCUGUUCCACAUUGCAAUCAACUUGAUUCCCAUGGCUGAAAUUGCAUUAACACAGAUUGAAAGAGAAAUCACAAAACAGGGGUACAUUAUUUCUGGUUACUAUGUUGCACAUGAGAACUAUAAGGAAGCAUCAAUUGACAAAUCCAUUCAUAGGAUUUCUGAUAAGAUUGCAGAGUAUUUUCCAAAUGCAUGUUUGGUAAUUGUUGACAAUCAGAAUGUGAACUUUACUCAUAUGGAUAAUAUUGCUUUGAGAGUUGCUCAACACUCUGAUGGAAAGUACAAGCCAAUUGACAUUCAAAGAGUAUCUUUAAAUCAAGAUGAAACACUUGAAAUAUGUUCAUCACUUGUGGAGGGACGAAUGUUUGAGCAUUUGUAUGAUUUUGAUAAUCACCUUGAUGAUGUUUCCCUUGAUUUCAUGAAUAAUUCACUGAAUCAAGAAAUUACUAGUUGCAUUAGAACUUAGUUGAAUUCUGUAAAAUUUUAUUAUGAAUUAUUUGUGCAUUUACAUUCUGGUUUGAAUUGAUAUAUUAAAUAUUUAACACACAAUUAAUGUUUAAGUAUUAGUCAUGAUGUAUUGGAAAUUUCUACAAUAUACCUACAAGUCGUUGUGUCUGUGUCAGGUUUAAUAAAUUAUUUGUGUUACAGUUCAAAA